GACUCGCCAGAUAUGCCUAUUUAAUAUAUUACAAGCGAUUAUUCAUUUUUGUGGGAGCUGUACCUUGUAAGUUGUAUUGUCGUAUAAUUUUGCAUAAAUUGACCUUGCUGGAAACUGCAAAUAUUGUUGUGAAAGAAAUUUUUUAAGACCUACCUCUAAACACCUAUCAUUGGCUGUAGAAGCGGCAGCAGUUGCCACCACAGCAGCAGCAGCAGUUGGAGGACAAUGGACGGCGGCCACCUGCAGGCCAGCCUGCUCCCGGCCGGCGUGGACCAGCUGACGGUGCUGCCGGCCGACACGGUGAUGGUACUGCCGUCACGCGCCUCGGAGCUGCCCGGUACUGCCAGCGCCGUGUUCACUCGGCUGGCCGAGCACACCGGGGCACAGCUGGUGGAUGCCGUGCAGUACAUCGACCUCAGCAAGGCUCACCUGACCACCGCCCACCACAAUAUGGAGGUGUCUGUGGUGUCGGACGGCCACGAGGCCGCCGGCCGGGUGUUCCUGCACGGCGAAUACCCGCGCUGGCAGGCGGUCAAACAGAGGUUACAGCUCCUGGAGGACCAUGAGGUGGCGCGCGUGCUGCUCGACCUCUACGAGAGCACCGUGGAGUCGGAACAACUUGCGAUGAAGGCGGACGUCGAUCAGGACGAGUACGGCGGUGACGAGAACACCAGGGUGGUUCACUGCGAGAUCAGUGGCUCGGCGCGUCCGCCGCCACCGCGGAUCGUGGACGUUCGCAGCGCCGGGGGAGAGAUGGCAACGUCCUGCGCCGUUGCACGAAGUGGCCAACCGGUCACUCACUCAGCACCGGUCGCUGUGAGAGCUCGCCGUACUGCCCGAGCGUCCAUCCCACGGCGAGACCGGCCCUGCCCCAGGUCUAAGAAACCACCCGGGUGGCACCAGCCGGAGCCGGAGCCGGUGACGGAGAUGGACGCCGACGUCACCUACGAGUCGUGCAGUGACGGCGGCGGCCACGAGGAGGAGGUGCUCGACCUGGCCUCUGGCGCCGAGCUCACCCCGGGCGCCGAGCCGGCCAAACUGUUCACCUUUCCGCCGGUGGAGCCGGAGCUCCUCUGUUACUUCAGCUGCGGCCUCUGCGACGAGAGGGGCUUUAACGACGUGGAGCGCUACUUCGACCACCUGUGGCGGCAGCACACCGAGUUCCACAUGGUCGGCGGUCGGAUACAGCGGGUGCCGAUCCGCCUGCGGCCGCAGCUGUUCGUCAUCUGCGCCUUCUGCGGGCUCAACAACAAGGGCAGCAACGGCUACGUCAACGGGCUGAUGUACCUGACGCGACAGCACAUGCCGUCGCACUCGUCGCUGCUGACUCCUGGUGGAGAGCCUCUCCGCUGUGACGAGUGUUUAGUGGAGUUCGACGACCGGGGCUCCCUGGCUCUGCACUCGCUCGACACGGAGCAUGAUAACCCAGCACACCGGUGCACAGCCUGCGGCCUGGACAUGGAGGGCGACGCCAACUACAUUGCACACCUCCGCGCGCACUAUCUGUCACACCCGUACCAGUGCUACUUCUGUAUGCAGAUGUUUGUGAGCGAGGCAGACUGCAUCGGGCACAUCAAGCGCCAUCACUCGGGCGACUACAACGUCCACAAGUGCAGUGGGUGUGGCUACGUGACGGCUCUGUUCCACGACUUCCUACUGCACAUUCGGUCACACUCGCACCUGAAUCGACACGUAUGUCACGUGUGUGGUGUCAUGUUUGUGUCCAAAAUGUCACUCAAACAUCACAUCCGGACGCACAGUGACUCCAAGUUUCCGUGUGACAAGUGUGACAAGGUGUUCUCGCACCCUCAGACGCGGCGGCGGCACGAGCUGAACGCCCAUCACCGGCCGGAUAAAUGCACCUGCGGCGUGUGUGGUCGACAGUUUGGUUCAGCGUACUCGAUGAAGCGACACUUCAUGAUCCAUACGGGCGAGCGGCCGUUCCAGUGUGACAAGUGUGGACGGGGUUUCGUCCAAAAAGGAGACCUGCAGAGUCACUAUAAGCGGUGCAAGUUCACGGAUAUGUCACACAGUGUAUUUACGUCGAUUUAGUAGGUUCAGAGGUGCAUUGAUUCAGUGGUCAGGUUUCAAGUGCCAUGCCAGUAAAUAAUCGUCACAUGACCUAACGAUAGACUGUGUAGUUAGGCGAUUCCGCAAGUAUUUGUAUCAGGCUCCUUCGCGAUGAGUUUUGUAACUGGUGUCUUUUUGUAUCGGUAUGCAUGUUUUGGAUAUGGAUUUUCAUAGUUCAUUUGAUGAUAUUUUUGCGCAUUAGUAUUAUCCUACCAUAUGCGAUUGUAAAUAGCUCAAUUUUUACGCAACAAUCCUGCUUAUGAAAUUCAGAUGUUUUGUAAACUCUGACCUGAAAUCUAUCAAUAGGUCGAAAUAGAGUCGACUUUACCCAUUUCAGGGCGUGGAGAUCUGUACAGUACAUACUGUUUCAACAAAUUCCCGACCGCUGGUAGUUUCGUUCAAUCGCGAACGUCUCGCAUGAACAUGUUUUGAGACAGUCAUCCCACAAAUCCAGUAGCAGUGUUCGUUCAUUUCUUUUACUCGUGUUGAUUCUCGUAACCUUGACCGGAACGUCUGUGUUGAUGCUAUGCAUUUGAUGUGGACAUUGUCCACUUGGAUACCCCUUGAGGCUGUGACCAGUGUAUUUCUAUGUACUGUAAAUAUAUGCAUGUUGCUACA